AUGACUGGAGCCUUGAAUGAUACAGAGGUGCUUCUUAAGCAGUUCAAUUUCAACUCUGCAACUUUCAUCGCGGUUUUCGCCGUGUCCUUGCUGUACUGGAUUGCGGUCAAAGGGAGACGGAGACUAAUGUACUAUCGUAUACCUAGCGUCGGUUGCGGAAAUGACCCACUUACCUCCUUCUGGGCAGCAAAAAGGUUCAAAACAGAUUGCAAAUCGCUCAUUCAGGAGGGAUAUGAUAAGGCAAGAGGGUUAUUUAAGCUCGCCAUAGCUGACCGCUGGGUGGUUAUAGUUACUGGAAAAGAGCUCAUCCGAGAGCUCUGGUCUGCACCUGACGAGAAGCUCAAUUUCCACAAGGCUAUUGAUGAGGCAACCAAAUCAAAAUUCUCCUUUGGCACAGCUGUGACAGAGAAUGCUUAUCAUGUCAAUAUCAUCCGCGGGCGUUUAACGAGGAACAUUCCGGAGUUGUCUCCUGAGCUUCUAGAUGAGGUGGUUUGUAGUUUUAGUAAUGAGUUUCAACAUUCAACUGAGUGGAAGACAUUUUCCCCUAUUCCUCAUAUUCAGAGAAUUGUCUGCCGAGCCAGUAACCGAUUAUUUGUUGGGUUGCCCAUGUGCCGAAAUGCUUCCUACAUUCGAUUGAAUAUUGGAUACACGCUUGAAGUCUGGUACACUCAACAGACACUCAAUGGUUACCCUGCUUUUUUGCAGAGUGUUAUUGGAAGGUAUAUUACCAACAUCGGUACUCGUACCAAAGAAGCAGUUAACCUUCUUACACCAAUUAUUGAGGAACGCCUGAGCAUUCUUACAUGUUCCAAUGCUGAUUAUUCUCAACUCCCUAAUGAUUUGCUUACAUGGCUAAUCAUCGACACACCAAAUAAGAAGGGAAGGAAUGUUCUUGAACUUUGUCAGCGUCUGCUGGUGGUCAAUUUUGGUGCCAUCCAUAGUGCUACAAAUACAUUUGUGCACCUUCUCUUUCAUCUUGCAGCCAACCCCAGUUGGGUCAAAAUAUUGCGAGAAGAGGUGAAAUAUGCAACAGAGGUGGAUGGAUGGACCAAGACUGCAUUGGAUAAGAUGCAAAAGCUGGAUAGUAUCCUGCGAGAAGGUUUGCGUAUGGAUGGUGUGAAUUUGUGGUCUCUUAACCGUGUUGCAAUGGAAGACUACACUUUCUCUAAUGGUGUAACUGUUCCAAAAGGUGCUCUCCUUGCAGCCCCAACAUCCGCUUUACACACUGAUGGAAGCACGGAACAAAUUAUGGGCGAACAGCCACCUGACGUGUUUGAUCCUUGGCGGUUCUCAAGAAGUUGCAGGUCUGAUUCUGAGGGUAAGCAUCUUGAAGGACUUGAAACCCACUCAAAUAUGGCCCUGGCAACGACUACAAGUUGGAAUUAUCUCCCUUUUGGUCAUGGGAAAUUGAGUUGCCCAGGUCGAUUUUUUGCUGGGAUCCAGUUGAAGCUUAUGAUUGCACAUUUUAUCCAACACUAUGAUGUGAAGCUUGAGAAAAGGUGUUCUGGGAAACCACCCAAUGUGUAUGUUGGAUAUAGUUGUGCUCCAAAUCAGCAGGCAAGGGUGAUGGUUAAAGCACAUCAGAAUAUGUAG